UGACGACGGACCCAGUGCUAGAGAUGUAAAUGGAUCCUGCUGAAAUGACCCACGAUCAUGAUGAAAUGAGAUCACUCACAACUUUCCCGAGCGGCAUCCCGACGAGAGACAAUGAGAACGAUGGUGAUAUAUGAGGCGGAAUCUCCCAUGCUAUGAGAGUUAAGUGGAUGCUAGUUCUCAACGUCGAACCCGAUCACAGUCUGGCGCUUUAGUGUCUGUUCUAACAGCUGCUCUAUUUCGAAAGAAAAAGACUGACUAGUAACAAAAUUCCACAAGCGCUCUGUUUUUCCAGGAUCCUACACGUAUCGCCUUGUCCCCGCCUAAAACUGCAGGUUAGUUCGAAAAAGUUGUUGCUCUUUCUUUCUCUAAAAAUUUGAAACUGACCUCACUAAGCGGCUGUAAAACUAAAAAUAUAACUCAGGAAAGGCAAUAGAAAAACCAAAAGCAGUAGAGCUAAUCUCGACUCCCUUUUUUCUUUACCCUUCCCUGUUUCUUUUUUUUUUCUAGUCUGCGAAACAGUAAAAAGAGGUGCGUCCCAUCGCACGCUAGAUAGAUCUCUUCUUCCUAUUCCUGUAGUGUUGGAUUUUACCAAAACAAUAAAGUCAAAUGAUGUCGCUCACUUCUUCGCCACACAACACGAGGAGGAACACGAUGAAGAAUUACUCGAGGACACGACCAGCCUACACCAGCUUCAUCCGCGUGUGUGUUUGUCUCUCGGCUAGCUUCUCGACAUUCUUGUGUCAUGCCGCGACGCCGAGGAGUACUAGCAGUGCGGCGCCCGUCGAAACUCAAUCGUGGGAUAGUAGUACACCGGCGCUGGACAUGGCAGCGUGGAACAAGUUUGCCGAGGAAAAGCCUUUCCUCAAAGCAAAAAUUUUUACGAUUGCAGGCCACGCACACGCUGGCCCAGCCACGCGCUUGCAGACCCGCGCGCUGCAAAAGGCGAAGGAAUUCUUUGCUGCCAACCAUGCGGUGAGAUUCCCUGAACUGAAGAUGGGCAUCGCUGCCAAACCGGAGCGCAAACUCCGCCAUUCCGUCCGUAAUGGUAAUUUGUUUUCUGACCCGGGUCAGCUUCACAGUGCCAAGGCAUUUGGGGACUUUGUCUGGAACACGCUCGUACGUCAGAACAAACGCCUUUGGAGGCUCUUGGUCGAUGUCCGCCUCGCGCCAGGUCCUCGACAAGGAACUACCGGAAUCAACGCUCAACAGCACACUCAGUCUGUAAGCACAGACUUGGGAGAGCUCACUGCGGAACAGCUACUUCUAGACGCAAAUAGCAUCGUUCUGGACCGAAUACUCCAUACCAAAUUGCCGCGCGAUUGUUUUUUUUCUCGCUCGCAGGAAGUACGCGGAACUAUUCCGCCGAACUGGAAUUUUUUCAUGUUCCAUAUGGCGAGUGUCGAGCAAGUGGAGGUGCCGCCCGGUUCCUUCCCCCACGACCCUAAGCAGGUGCCGAGAGUCAAGCUCUUGCUUUUACUGCUGCACGAUUCUGAUGAAAAGAGUCUCCGGGUACUAGAGACGGAGAUUCUUGUCCGCCAUCGCCUCACACUACAGGAAAUAAACCGAACAGACGCGAAGACUCCCCCGAGUGGUCACGACGUGAAAAAAUAUUGGACAGGGAAAGUGCGCUUGACCGCAAAAGUCGACGUGACAGGCGAGGUUUUCCAGAAAGGAGAGGUUUUCAAGCGCGGAAAAGAGGUUUUUCAGCGCGGAGUAGAUAUCGUAUUUGAGGACGACUCCUCCGGCUUAGAUGACACGUAUGUUAAGUAA